CGCCAGCGCAUUACAGUUGCUAUGGAAAUCGCGACGGGGCCCUUUGCGCAUGCGCAGUGCGGUAGUGCGCAGGCGCCUGGGGGACGCGAAGGUGUCAUGGCGCCUGAGGGGCUCGGGGCUGCCUGGCCUGGCCUGGGCUGGGCGGGGCGGCCACCAGGCGCACUAGCGUGACGGCGGUUCUGGCAACCCGUAAGGGUGGGGGCUUCCCGCUGCCUUCCUUUCUCGUUUCCUUUCCCGUUUCCUUUCCCGUUGCAGGAGGGAAGUGCUUCUCCUGCCGCUCCUCAGGGCAGGGCAGGCCUCUUUCCUCCCCACAGCCACUGGCCGUUGUACGGCCCUGGCAGAAGCCGAUACAAGUCUGUGUUCCUUCCUCCCUCGGCUCCCUUUGCCCUAAGUCCCACCGUGCCGCCGUCCCACGGGCGGGUCGAGCUCCGGGAAGCCUAUAAGCAGCAGGAUUUUGCUGAAUUUCUUAACCUGUUCUUUUGCUUCCAUCUGCUGGUCAGAUUCAACAAGAGUAAGCAAGACUGCAGGACUGCUAAAAACCUUUCCCACAAAGGUUUUGGGUGUUGUGUGUGCAUACACAAAUCCUUGUUCCCACUCUGCAUGACUAGGACAGGAUUGCUCACAAAAAGACACUUUUGGGAAGGGUUCUGAGACUUGGGCUUUGGGUUGUGUUAACCUCUUAGGUUAUUACCUAGGCAUGGGAGCCUCCAGCACAGUGUUUCUCUGAACCCUGAAGUAGAUUCAGGUCCCAGCCACUGAGAAUGGUGCCCUAAGGUGUGGUAUUGAAAUGGUGUUAAUGUGCAGAAGGAAGACUGGGGGAGAAGGGGUCUGAUUUAUAACCUCGCCAAUGGGGAUUUGGGUGGCCCCAGUCCCAAGGAUGGUUUUGACUACGAAAUGCAGAAGUGUUUGUGGGAAUAGGUUCUGGAGCUCAGGAACACUUUGCUGUGAGCUGUACCUUUGGGUUAGUGUGCUUUGUAAGCUGACUUCUCCAUAGCCUUUCUGGUAAGAUGGAUGUGAAGAUCAAGAGUUUACAUUUUGGGUAUGGAGUUGAGGGAGCUGUUCAUAUUUUGCAGAGGGGCAGAAGGUUGGAGCCUACUUUUUUUAAGCCAGUCGGUGACUAAGGAACAACCUGAAGCUGCCAAGAGGAUUUUUGAUUCUUGCUCCAAGGUUCUUGACUUCUGUGGAGGGAGCCUAUAUACUCAAUUUCUCUUUUCUGAAUUCCAGUAUUCCAGUGCAGUAUCUAAAAGUUAGGCUGCUACAUCUUUAAUUUGUAGCACUGAAUAGUUACUGGAAACCCUAGUUCCCCGGUCCUGUCCUUAUCUGUAUCACAUUUUCCCAUUAAUCUGUUCUAUAGAAUGGAAAUUAUUAUUUUCUAACAAUUUUGGGGGAAAGGAUUUUAAAAAGUAAAUUCCUAUACAUACUACAAUUCUAUAGCUGUUUGCAUAUACCCAGUGUGGUCUUACAAUCCAAGAAAUUUGUUCUGUGAGGCAUUUCACUGGCUUUAAUUGUUAAGUGUUUCCUAUAUUUGUUCUAUAAAUCACUUUUGAUAAGCAAUAUUAUUGUAAACUGCUGAAGUUCACAAAUUCCUACAAAUGAGUGGGAGAGUUAAUGCUUGUUAAUUAAUUUAUAAAGUCAGCAUCCUUACUUUGUAUUGUGUAAUAGUUCACCAUACUUUGUGUCCAUUCAUUUUUGUGUAUUCAUCAUAUAGAUCACUUCAGUGAAAUCUUGGCAGUGUAAAACCUGGCUUCAGCAAUGUUCUUGUUAAUAGAGGGAGCUAAUAGCUGUCUGUGAGUGGCUCUUUGCAUCGGAGUGUGAAUUAAUGAAAGACAGCAUGUAACUAUUGCAAUGGGGAUAGAAAUCAGACAGUUUCUGGUUUUAGUGCACCAAACUCAAGUAGUAAAAUGUCUUUACAUUUAAAUGUAACACGUCUUGGAUGCAUCCUAGUGUUACUGCUAGGACAGCUGUAACUUCUGUGGUGAGCUUGCUCUAUGCCUUUGGUUAUGAAAGCUGUUUGUAAUCCUUGAGAAACUUUGCCAACUCUAUUGUUUGCAGCAGGCUUGUGUAAUUUGGAAGAGAAAACAGGGUGAAGAAGCGCCUUUUCUUUGUGCUGGGAAGUUCUAUUUAACGGCAGCUAAGUUAUACAUUGUUUAAAACUCACCAUUUCCCUUCUCUGCUUGUGUUUCUCAAAAAACACUGUCAGCAAGCCAAACAAUAAUCGAACACCAGCCUUAUAAAAAGCCUGGCAAGGCUGCAAAUAUAACAUGCAAAGGGCUAGGGGAGAGGGAAAGCUGUGGUGUUACAGCAUGGUAGAGGGAGGAGGAAAAUUAAGUGAGAGUCCAUCAUGCCCCAGCCACUCUCUCUGUCCUGUCACAUGGUGGCAGCUUGAUUUUGAAGGAACCCCAUACUUGGCAGCUGCCCUGGGAUCCCAGAGGCAAAAGAGGGAAGGGACACUGCCUGUGUAUUAUGAAAACUCACAGAAAUAGCACCAGAGAUACCUCUGUUCUGUUUUUUGGAUCCAACCUAAUGCAAGUCAUUGUCUGUUGAUCAACUGAUUAACGGCUUAGUUAACUUUCUUUGGAUAUGUCUGACUUUGAAAAUUAACCUUCACUGUUUGCAUUCUUAUUAACACAAAAUAAAGACAGAAUGAACCUAGGAACCUAAGAACAGUCUAAACUGUCUUCUGUUUUUUAAAUAGGGCUCUUUUUUUGAUAUAAAGGUUCACUUUUGCUUUGCUUGGUUAACACAAGAACAACAUUACCAUGUUAAGGCUGGAGCAGGUUGCUCAUACAUAGAAUGUUAUCCGAUUCCCAAAGCAAGUCUCUACUUAGAAUACUUGAGAUGCUGCCCACCACUGUAUCACUAUUUAUACUAGAACUUAAAAUGCCUUUAGGGGUAGUGAAAGUAACCUAGUGGGAAAGACAGCAGCAGAAGACACACCAGAAUACAAAUUAUUUUCGAGGAAAGUUCCGGGCAUGCUUUGUGGGCCCCUUCAGCUCAUGAGGUGGAUACAAUUCCUCUCUUGUUGGAGUAUCGCUGUAAAUAGUCAAACAUGAAACACUUGAUGUGUUUUAUUUCUGUGGCAGCCACUGUGUUUUCAUGCUGUGUUUUAAAUAUUUGGAGGUAGCAGUGAUCUUGCCCUUUGAUAUGUGGGCAAACACAACAGUUAAUUUUUCUCAGCGUAAAACAGCAGGAGCAGUUUGCAUUUAGAAGAAUGUACAGGUGGGAUUCUCAGCCAGUAAUGAUUCCAGCUUCCUUCUUGCACCUCCAACCCUGUUUCAGAAGAUUCAGAUCAUCCAGGACAAAUGGUGAGAGGUUCGCAAUUCAAAAUCUGUUCAAACACCAGCACCUCAAAACAGUAAGAAGGAAAAGAUCAUUUCAUUCCAGGAUGUCGGUGUUUUCUCUUUGCUCAUGACAGUUCUCAGAACUGGGUCAUUUCUUGUUGCAGCACCUCUUAGGAAUUGAUCCACUUCAUUCAAGAGUUACUGAUUUACUAAGCAACGUUCUCCUUCCCCAAAAUGGUUUAGAAAAAUCAUCUUUGUACCAACACUGAAAGGCAAACAGUAUUGUAGCUUCCUUACCAAGUGGCUGCUACCUUUAUCAAGAGGAUAUCAAAGGUAGUAGAGGCUAGAAGUGGCGUAUGAUUUCUUCCCUUUUCUCCAUACAGCUUGAUUCUUCUCUCUAGAAAACCAGAAUGAAAGUCCUACCAAUCUUUUUAUUAAUAUGUGAAAUACAAAUACACUUCCACCCCGCAGGAAACGUUAAAAGCAAGCCCCAGCCUUUUCUUAGUUGUGUCACUAGAUGGCCCCACGCCUGAAGCCAGCAUGCCAGAAAAUAGCUGCUAUGCUGGGGGACCUGGAGCUCUACCCAGUACUUUUUACAGGUUGGCAAACACACAGAGAAGUAUUAGCACAAUCAGCUAUUGUUUUAUUUUUAAAACUAUCUCAAAUGUUUAAGUUAGCAGUGGAAUGCUACAUGAUAUUCGCUGCUGUGUACAGAGCAAGUUUGUUUUGCUGUACAUUGCACCACUUGAAAGCACCUCUGCUUGUAGGAAUAAAUGAUUCUGUUAUCCACAGUUUAAUGAUGCUUCCUUCCUGAAACUGGGAUGGAUAGCGUAAGUGGCUUCCCAUAUAGAUACUCCUUUUAUGCAUCUUGGGGAACUGAAAAAUAAUUCUUGCUCUAGUAGUAAUUCUUUGGCUUGUUUGGUGUGGCAGAGAGCCACAGCAGCCAUUGCUACAGAUGCUGGGGCUCUGUUUCUUGUAUGAAGAGGACAAAGAUUUUUUUUGGGUUUGUCACCUGCAACAUCUGUUAUGACCCUAAAAUCUCAGGUUUUCUCUGCAGAUGCUCAGCAUAUAUGGCAUGUUUCAUCAGAGUAAGGUUUUGUUCCAGUAUCUUACAAGAUUCCCAUUUCUGCUGCCUCUCGUGCUCUACUUGAUAUUGCACUUUAUGCUCCCCCAGAUGAAGCUUCAGUGAACGAUGGCAAAGAUAUUUUACACUGCCUUGUUUUUAUUGCUGAACCCUUUGUGAAUGACUUUGGGUUCUCGAGUCAGUGUGAAGAAAUCCAUGUGACUGACUCCAUACUGAAAUUUCUGUGUGUUGGCACCUGACUUUGGUCACUGUGGUGUUAAAAUCGGACAAGUCUGGUGUUACCCCAAACUACUAAUUCCUCAAGUGCUCUGUGUUUCACUUGUGUUUAUGUAUCAAGGCCCAUGAAAAGGGAGGUGCAAACAGUGUUACCGCUGGUCUUUGUAGUGUAGUCAUACAGAUUCCAGACCUGUUCUCCAUCGCCCUUCUCCCAGCGCUCAGAACAGACUUCUGGCUGUAAGGGAAGCACGGAGCCACGCUGGAGCACGAGGUUUCCUUGUGCAGCUCUUGCUGACACUGUACAUGAGGUGCAAGAGUCCUACUCUGAAAUGUACAUCAGCCUGAACAUGUUGGAGAUCCAUAACCAUAGUAAGGGAAGUAAGUUAUAUUUUCAACCUCAAAGCAAUUUUCUCUUCUCUAUGAAAAGGUUUCUACCCAUCCAGUAGCCCUGAUAAUGUGUAAGAAAAAUUACAUUGAAACCACUUUCCUUGUGUUUAUUAACAGUGAGUUGUUUUACAGUUCUUACAUGCUGUUGUCUUAAUUUGUUUGUUUCCACAGGCUACGUUUAGAUGCUGUUUACAGCAAUAAAGAGAAUAUUACAUUUGAUCUAGAGUUCUGUCUUAAUUCACAGGAUGAAAUGCGAACAGAAGCUCGUCGAAAAAAUCUCCUCAUUCUAAUUUUGCAUUAUUUAAUGGAGGAAGGGUAUGUCGAUGCUGCAAACGCAUUGGAGCAAGAGACGAAAUUAAGUUUACGUGGCUUUGAAGUUUGUGACAACAUUGAUCUUGAGACAAUUUUGAUGGAAUAUGAAAGCUAUUACUUUGUAAAAUUUAAAAAGUAUCCUAAAAUUACCAAAAAGGUCCUUGGCAUUGCAGAAAAUAAACAGCUGAAAACUGGCGGAAGACCAAGAAGGACAGCAAGCUCUUCUCAGAAUCUCCCAAGGCUCAAACUUCAGACAGUGCAACAACCAUUGUCAAGAACUGCACAUGGGAAUAGAACAGAAUUUAAAUCAUCCACCAAGGAGGGCUUCAAACAGAAUAAUGGCAGUGCAGUUACUUUGGAGCAAUCUGACUUUGGCUUAAGCAUCUCAGCAAUCAGCAAAACUGGAGGAGACAGCACUCACCCAAGAAGGGGCCAAGUAACUGACUUCCAUGGGAUGAUUCAGGAUGCUGUCAAAGUAUCAUCAGAUGGAAUUGCCUUGAACAGCCUUAAUUGUGAUCCAGAUCCAUCAGAACGAUUAUUGAAACCCCUUAGUGCUUUUAUUGGCAUGACUGCUGAGAUGAGAGAACUUGCAACAGUUGUAAGCAAAGACAUUUAUCUCCAUAACCCAAAUGUGAAGUGGGAUGAUAUUAUUGGAUUGGAUGCAGCUAAAAGGCUAGUCAAGGAAGCAGUUGUUUAUCCCAUAAGGUACCCACAGCUAUUUACUGGCAUUCUGUCUCCUUGGAAAGGUUUAUUGCUAUAUGGACCACCAGGUACUGGAAAAACUUUGCUGGCUAAGGCUGUUGCCACAGAAUGCAAUACAACCUUUUUCAACAUAUCAGCGUCAACCAUUGUCAGCAAAUGGAGGGGUGAUUCAGAAAAACUUGUCCGGGUGUUAUUUGAGCUUGCCCGGUACCAUGCUCCUUCCACAAUUUUCUUGGAUGAGCUGGAGUCAGUUAUGAGUCAAAGAGGCACUGCUUCUGGUGGUGAACAUGAAGGAAGUCGGCGGAUGAAAACAGAAUUACUGGUGCAGAUGGAUGGCUUGGCCCGAUCUGAUGAUCUUGUGUUUGUUUUAGCAGCUUCCAAUCUGCCAUGGGAGUUAGAUUCUGCCAUGCUGCGGCGGUUGGAGAAGAGGAUUUUGGUUGACCUUCCUAGUAAAGAGGCACGACGGGUGAUGAUCCAGCACUGGCUGCCCCCUCUGAGCAACAGUGGAGGAGUGGAGCUGAGAACUGACCUGGACUACAGCUUGCUGGGCCAGGAAACAGAUGGGUACUCCGGCUCAGACAUAAAACUCGUGUGCAAGGAAGCAGCCAUGAGACCAGUGAGGAAAAUUUUUGAUGCUCUUGAAAACCAUCAGCCAGGUAGCAGUAACUUACCCAUGAUCCAGUUAGACACGAUCACAACAGCAGAUUUCCUGGAUGUAAUCACCCACACCAAGCCAUCAGUGAAGAAUCUAAGCCAGAAGUACACAGCUUGGCAGAGAGAAUUUGAGUCAGUUUAAAAAGAAAAAAAAAAACAAAACAAAA